AAAUUUUUUAACUAAAGAAAAAAGUUAAGGGGGUAGUGCAAAUUUACCACUACGCCUGAGUAGUUUAAGAAAGUACGCGAGUGCAACACCACGUCUAAAUUGUGUUGAAAGAAAAACGAAAUUAUUUUAUAAUAAUUUGAAACCAAAAAAAAUAUAAAAAAAAUAAUAAUAAACACGAAACAUGCGUUUAAAAAGUUUCUCGUUAUUCGCAAUAAUAUUAUUGUUUAAAUUAUUGCUGUUAGUUUCUAGUCACAGUGAUAAUGAAAAGAGUUUAUCCACAUCCAUAUCCGGUAUGGUACAGCUGCUGGAAACGGAAAUGCAAUUAAUCGAUAGUGUUGAAAAAUAUGCCGCUGUAUUGCAAAAGAAAGUGGAUGCUUUAAAAAAUUUAGUGCAAGAAUUAAAAGCAGAAAAUGAAAAAUCUGCUAAUAAACGCGAGGAGUAUCUAUUCAAUCCCCUAAAUGGAUUUUCUCUCAUCAGACGCAUGCACAACGAUUGGCCUAAAAUCGAAUUGUUUAUGAGAGAACCAGUGGGUGAAGUUCAUAUUGAUGUUAUACGCAACUAUCGACCAGAAAUGCCAACAGCCACUGAUUUAGAGGAAGCCUCUGAAGCCUUAAACCGCCUGCAAACAGUUUAUGAUUUAAAGGCGGCCGAUCUAGUGCAGGGUAUAUUAAAUGGCAAACAACACGACGCCAAAUUAAAAUCAAUUGAUUCCUAUUUUAUGGGGCAUUAUUUGUUAAGUAAACAACUUUAUUAUCCCGCCGGUUUUUGGCUGUAUUCAUCCAUUAUGAAUUAUGAGGAGGAAAAUGAUUUCAAUAGAAUUACCGAUUUUGGCAAAGAGAAACCUUUGGAAUUAUAUGCGGAAACUUUAAUAUUGCAGAAUCGCCCCAAAGAUGCUUUAAGUUCUAUUACCCAGGCUUCUGAUUUGCUGCCAUUGGAUGCUCGUCUAUUGAAUCGUAAAAAUCAAAUACAACAAUUGGCCAAUAUUUUUGAUGGUCCGGCGAUGCAUUUCCCUACACCACAUGUAUACAACUACGAACGUGGCUGUCGUGGAGAAUUCUCCAAUCAAACAUCCAAAAUGUAUUGUCUCUACAACACAACCACAACGCCAUUUUUACGAUUGGCACCCAUAAAAAUGGAGAUAAUACAUUUGGAACCCUACAUGGUGCUCUUCCACGAUGUGAUAUCCGAUGAAGAAAUCGAACAUUUGAAAAAUUUAGCUCGACCCAAUUUGAAACGUGCCACAGUGUAUAAUGAUGAAAAGGCUCGUUCAUUGGUGGUGAACACAAGAACAUCGAAGUUUUCAUGGUUCCAAGACAACACAGAUGAAAUAACGAAACGCAUCAAUAAACGAAUAAUUGAUAUGACCGGAUUCGAUAUUGUUGGUUCGGAAAUGUUGCAAGUAAUGAAUUAUGGUCUGGGUGGUCAUUACGAUAAGCACUUUGAUUUCUUUAAUGUGACUGCGGAUACUGCCGUGGUGGCCAAAGAAGGUGAUCGUAUAUCUACAGUAUUAUUUUAUCUAACUGAUGUAGAACAAGGUGGCGCCACAGUUUUUCCCAACAUAAAGACCGCCGUGUUUCCCCGCAAGGGUUCUGCUGUCAUGUGGUACAAUCUCGAUAAUAAAUUGGAGGGUGAUUACCUGACUUUACAUGCAGCUUGUCCUGUUAUAGUGGGUUCCAAGUGGGUUUGCAACAAAUGGAUUCGUGCCAAAGCUCAAACAUUUAGAAGACCGUGUUAUAAAUAGUAUUAGUUUUUAUUUUAAAUUGUAGCAAAUAAAAUAUUUAUUAAAAGAAAAGAAAAA